AUGCAGACUCUAUCACCGCCUCCGUCGUCUCUCAACUCCUCGUUAACCGGAACCAACCGCCACCGCCACCGUCCCUCCUCCUCCGUGGCGGGACCAACCGUCGUUCGCUGCAUCCACCGCUCCUACGACUCCGUCAACUUCCCCGCCGGCGCCGUCCGCAGCAGAUCCGACUGGCAGAGCUCCUGCGCCAUCCUCUCCAGCAAAGUCGCCGCUCAGGAGCAGCAUUCCGAUUCCAGAUCUGGACGAGACAAUAAUGGACUCGAUUCCAUAGCUUCGGUCAACGGCCACAAGACGAUUGACCUGGAUUUGGUCCCGGCCGACGGUACCGCGACCGUCGUCGGCGGAGACAGCAGCAGCAACAACGACAGGCCGUUGCCGAUGCAGAGGCCGUUGACCAUCACCGACCUCGCUCCAGCUCCGAUGCACGGCGCGCAGCUGCGAGUCGCCUACCAGGGAGUCCCCGGCGCGUACUCCGAGGCGGCGGCGGGCAAGGCGUACCCGCAGUGCGACGCCAUUCCUUGCGACCAAUUCGAGGUCGCUUUCCAGGCGGUGGAGCUCUGGAUUGCAGAUCGAGCCGUACUCCCCGUGGAGAACUCAUUAGGCGGUUCGAUUCACAGGAAUUACGACCUCCUCCUCCGCCACCGCCUCCACAUCGUCGGAGAGGUCCAGCUCCCCGUCCACCACUGCCUGAUGGCGCUGCCUGGGGUGAGGAAGGAGUACAUCACGCGCGUGAUCUCCCACCCGCAGGCUUUGGCGCAGUGCGAGCACACGCUCACCAAGCUGGGCCUCCAGGCGGCGCGUGAGGCGGUGGACGACACGGCGGGCGCGGCGGAGUACAUCGCGGCGAACGGGCUUAGGGAUACAGCGGCGAUCGCCAGCGCGCGCGCGGCGGAGCUGUACGGGAUGCAGAUCCUGGCGGACGGGAUCCAGGACGACUGCGGGAACGUGACGCGGUUCGUGAUGCUGGCGCGUGAGCCGAUCAUCCCGAGGACGGACCGGCCGUUCAAGACGAGCAUCGUGUUCGCCCACGAUAAGGGGAUGAGCGUGCUGUUCAAGGUGCUGUCGGCGUUCGCGUUCAGGAACAUCAACUUGACGAAGAUCGAGUCGCGGCCGCACCGGAACCGGCCGGUCCGGCUGGCGGGCGACGGCGCGAGCGAGGGCGGGACGGCGAAGCACUUCGAGUACCUGUUCUACGUGGAUUUCGAGGCGUCGAUGGCGGAGGUGAGGGCGCAGAACGCGCUGGCGGAGGUGCAGGAGUUCACGUCCUUCUUGCGGGUGCUGGGGAGCUAUCCCAUGGACAUGACCCCAUGGUCGCCUUCCGGUGGGGAUUAA